GAGAGUGAGCCGGACGCUCCGGGAGGCGAGGGGGGCGGGGGGAGCAGCGUCGCGGCCGCCGCCGCCUCCGCCUCCACCGCCUGGAACUAGGGGGUGGGGGACGGACGAGCCCGAUGCCGGGGGAGACGGAAGAACCGAGACCCCCGGAGCAGCAGGACCAGGAAGGGGGAGAGGCGGCGGCGGCCAAGGCGGCUCCAGAGGAGCCCCAACAACGGCCCCUUGAGACGGCGGCGGCGGCGCCUGCGGGGACCACGAGCAGCCGGGUGCUGAGGGGAGGUCGGGACCGAGGCCGAGCCGCUGCGGCCGCCGCCGCCGCCGCUGUGUCCCGCCGGAGGAAGGCCGAGUAUCCCCGCCGGCGGAGGAGCAGCCCCAGCGCCAGGCCUCCCGACGCCCCCGGGCAGCAGUCCCAGGCCGCGAAAGCCCCGUCUCCAGUUCAGGGCAAGAAGAGUCCGCGACUCCUAUGUGUAGAAAAAAUAACAACUGAUAAAGAUCCCAAGGAAGAGAAAGAGGAGGAAGACGAGUCUGCCCUUCCUCAGGAAGUUUCCAUUGCUGCAUCUAGACCUAGCCGGGGCUGGCGCAGUAGUAGCCGGACAUCUAUCUCUCGCCUUCGAGAUACAGAAAACACACGAAGCUCUCGCUCCAAGACUGGGUCAUUGCAGCUCAUCUGCAAGUCAGAACCAAUUACAGAUCAGCUUGAUUAUGAAGUUGCAGAAGAACAUCAGUCUCCUGGUGGAAUUAGUAGUGAUGAGGAAGAGGAGGAGGAAGAAGAGAUGCUAAUCAGUGAAGAGGAAAUACCAUUCAAAGAUGACCCAAGAGAUGAGACCUACAAACCUCACUUAGAAAGGGAAACCCCAAAGCCACGGAGAAAAUCAGGGAAGGUGAAAGAAGAGAAAGAAAAGAAAGAAAUUAAAGUGGAAGUAGAAGUAGAGGUGAAAGAAGAAGAGAAUGAAAUUAGGGAAGAUGAGGAACCUCCUAGGAAGAGAGGAAGAAGGCGAAAAGACGACAAAAGUCCACGUUUACCCAAAAGAAGGAAAAAACCUCCAAUCCAGUAUGUCCGUUGUGAGAUGGAAGGAUGUGGAACUGUUCUUGCUCACCCUCGCUAUUUGCAGCAUCACAUUAAAUACCAGCAUUUGCUGAAGAAGAAAUAUGUAUGUCCCCAUCCCUCCUGUGGACGACUCUUCAGGCUCCAGAAACAACUUCUACGACAUGCCAAACAUCAUACUGAUCAAAGGGAUUAUAUCUGUGAGUAUUGUGCCCGAGCCUUCAAGAGUUCCCACAAUCUGGCAGUGCACCGGAUGAUUCACACUGGCGAGAAGCCAUUACAAUGUGAGAUCUGUGGAUUUACUUGUCGACAAAAGGCAUCCCUUAAUUGGCACAUGAAGAAGCAUGAUGCAGACUCCUUCUACCAGUUUUCUUGCAAUAUCUGUGGCAAAAAAUUUGAGAAGAAGGACAGCGUAGUGGCACACAAAGCAAAAAGCCACCCUGAGGUGCUUAUUGCAGAAGCUCUGGCUGCCAAUGCAGGCGCCCUCAUCACCAGCACAGAUAUCUUGGGCACUAACCCAGAGUCCCUGACACAACCUGCAGAUGGUCAGGGUCUUCCUCUUCUUCCUGAGCCCUUGGGAAAUUCAACUUCUGGAGAAUGCCUGCUGCUAGAAGCUGAAGGGAUGUCAAAGUCAUACUGCAGUGGGACAGAACGGGUGAGCCUGAUGGCUGAUGGGAAGAUCUUUGUGGGAAGUGGCAGCAGUGGGGGCACUGAAGGGCUGGUCAUGAACUCGGAUAUACUCGGUGCUACCACAGAGGUUCUGAUUGAAGAUUCAGACUCUACUGGACCUUAGUGGAAAGGAAGACUUUGGACACUGGGACAGUUCAGACUUUGUAUUUAAAAGAUAAAAAGAACAAAAAAAAAAAAAAAAAAAUUUAAAGCAUUUAAAAUCUAGUAAAAUAACUGAAGGGCCUGCUCUUUCCAUUGUGGAUCACAGCACACACACCCCAUCCCCAUCCCAGGAACUCCCUCUGAUCUCCCUCUUAUAAAAUUGAUGUUGCCUUUAACAGAAAGGUAGACAAAAAAGCAGCAGCAGCGGUUCAUAAAGUGAGGGUUAUCCUCAUACUCGGUUCCAGCCAGCAGCAGGCUUCUGCUCAUUGGCAGAUCCCCCUUCCAACCCGUAACUCUGAUGUGCUCUGGAUCAGCUUUUCACUCAAUAGUAUACUACUGUCUUUAAAUCCUUUCUUCUCCAAUGCUGCUCUAUGGUUCUGGCUUCUACCCACUGCAGCACACUUAUCCUCAAGUACUAUAUGAUUCUAAUCUCUGGAGGCUGGCAGCUUGACUUGGCACUUUAGGGCCCCUUAACAGGAUGUGCUGUUAAAAAAACAGCACGCUUCUCACCCCUCUUCCUCCAUUCCCCACUGGGUUUUGGAAAGGAAGGAUACAUGUGGACCACCUCCCUCCUCUUUGAUCCCAGCACCUCAUUCCUCCUCCCAAACCUUCAUAUGGCUCUUAAUGGUGCUUACUUGCUUGGAAGCAGGCUCCCAAGAGGGAGGGGGCUGCCCUUUACACAGUCUUCUUGACUGUAAGACAGGGCUGUGUAUUAGUGAGACAGUGAGAAAAGUCCCAGGCUAAUGGCAGAAAUUUGCACUUUGAACAUGUGUGUUUUUGUGUUGUGGAACCUGAGAUUCCUUAUUUAUUAAUGGAAAGUCUGAUUUUUUUGUGGGGGGGGAGGGUCUUCGUUGCUAUAUUUUGUGGGGCUGGGAGAGAUUAGAUUAUUCUGACAUGGGAUCCUUUCCACAAGAGGUACUUUGAAGGCAAGGCAUAGGGUUGAAGAAGCACAGCCAGCCUCUAAAAUCAUAGCUCUCCAGUGGCCUUUAAAGAAAGCUGGUCCUCAGCACUAACAAAAUCACUACAAUAGCCUAGUGCUUUUUUUGAAAGCCUUCUUAGGGAAGGAUAUAGGUUUGUGGUAACCAGUGUGCUCUUUGAGCUUUUAAGAGCAUAGAGAUUUAGAAAUUUUGAGAGGAUGAGGAGGGUUCUUCAGGUCUGAAUUAGAGAUAUGAGAUUUUUUUUUCUCGUGAAUUUCUUUUUUGUCCCCAUCAUUUCCUUACAUAUAUCACCCUUCUUACCUAUUGGUUGUUUUGGUUUCUUUUUUGUUUUUUGCUUUUUAUUAUUGGUUCAUGGCAGCUCCCUAUUAGCAAAGGACACUGUUAGUGAAAGAACCACGUCUAAGAGUCCUAAGUAAGUCAAAGAAAGCUGCUGAUUUGUUUCUCUUUUAGUAACAAAAUCAGAAAAGACUUCAGUAGACAAAGUUAGGCUAUGUAAUAAUGGCUUUGGCUUUCACCUGAAAGUCUGGGAAUUACCUCUUCCCUUUGAGAGUAGAUUUUCAUGGGGUGCGGAUUGCUUGUUACUGAACAGUAACUCUCAGAAGACUAAAAACUUAUUUUGACUCAUUUUUAGACAAUUAGAAGGGCAGUUCCUAUCCUGCGUACCUCAGAAGCCAGAACUGAAGACUUAACCCUAUUUGUUUAUUGUCAGAAAUGUGUAAUGGUUGUUGGAAAGAAUGAAGUUUUGCUGAGAACAAAAUAAGGAACAACUUGUUUUUCACAAACACUAAAACUACCAAGUUUUUUGAUUUUCUCUUUGAUUUGUUUUUUUUCAAAAAGGGGGGUAACAAUGUCAUCUCUGAAAGAGGCUUACUGUACACCCACUAGUGUCAGUGGUUGGGAUGCCAGGGAAUAGGGAGUGAGACACCUACAGUAAAUAAUCUUAAAUGCACUAUUGUUUCUUUUCAAAGUGUUGCAGAUCUGCCAUCUCUCCAAUGUGAGGGUAGAACAUAGAAUAAGGAUAGAAGGGAUGCAGAAUAUGCUUCCCUGCCUACAGUGAGGGGUUUGCAGUUUAAUUGGUAUGUUGAGUAGAUUUGAAAAUACUGAGAUGGAUUGAAUGGGUCUACAACAAAGUUCUGUCUUGUACUCUUAUUAACUAGCAUCUGUAUCCUACACUUACCUUUUGUCUUGGUCACACCUAGGCUUUGUCUUCAUAAACUUCACUUGCACUGUUAGUCAUCAGAUAUUUUAGCACCUACACAGAAGCAAACUGCAUCAAGGAGGGCAAAGUCCUCUCUCUGGGAUGGGGAAUACAUUCUCCUUUGUAUCACACUCCCCUCCCCAUAAAAAGUAACUAGUUAGUUCAAAUUAGAAACUCCUGUCCUUUCCCUUUGUUGAGGGUGGGGGUCCUCUUUCACAGCUACUAUUUGCUGACAAUAAAUUAUUGUAGCAGUUUGCAAUAAAUUUUAAAAUAUUUUUCAUGAAGUUUAUAUUUUUUCCUUUGGAGAAAGGAAUGCUAGCAUAGUAGAGAGUCUAUAUAAGUAAACUAUCUAAGCCCCAUUUACGUUCUGCUCCCCCUGCCUUUGUUUGUUUCUUUGUCUUUCCAAGGAGCUCUUUUAAUCUUGAAAAUCUGUACUUCAUACUCUUAUUAGUCUGAUUUUAUUCCCUCUUUAAUAAUUUGCCACAUCAUAUCUCCAGUUUGAACUGGCAUUUCUGAAUUCUGAUAAUGUCAUUGAGAUGUCACUAUUCAGUAUUUCUGGAAAAUGUACUUCCCCCUUGUUUGUGAUUGCCCAGGGUUAUUUUGAACAAUUAGACUCUUAAUAUGUUUCAGAAGUUUAGAGUGACACUGGCUGGGAAUACUGGGAAUAAAGAAAAUUAUUUAGAUAUAGAAAGCGUCCACAUAGAGCACUUGAACCUCCUUUGUACCUGUUUGGAGGGAAAAAAAUCGUAAAAUAUACUACCAUCCUAAAUAAGGUUAUUACAGUCUCAUUGUUUGCAGUACCAUUUUUUCCUCCUGUCUUUCCCAUUUUCCAAUGUACUCAAGAAAAUUGAAAAAUUGUAAUGGAUCAAUUGAAAAAUAUUUUAUUUCCUGAAAGCCUUUUUUGCCUAUUGUAAUGUGCAGGACCCUUCUCCUUUGAUGAGAGAGAUGGGUAGUUAAGUUACCUGACUCUAGGUUGAAAAGGUUGUGUAAAAAGAAAUUAUAAUAAAAGGGAUACUUUGCUUUUCA